AUGCCUGCCCCUAUAGCCAUUGAGAUUCCUAUGAUACCAACUAAUAUUGAAACUAGAGUAAAGACUACACAACUGUUAGAAAUACCUGCCCCUAUAGCCACUGAGAUUCCUAUGAUACCAACUAAUAUUGAAACUAGCUUAAAGACUACACAACUCUUAGAGACGCCUGCCCCUAUAGCCAUUGAGAUUCCUAUGAUACCAACUAAUAUUGAAACUAGCGUAAAGACUACACAACUCUUAGAGACGCCUGCCCCUAUAGCCAUUGAGAUUCCUAUGAUACCAACUAAUAUUGAAACUAGCACAAACACUACAUCACUCUCAAAGACGUCUUCUAAAAUUCAACCAGACUACUCCAAAUCUCCAAAGGAUAAAAGCAAGAAGAUACUUGAAGGGACUAAAACACCAAACAAAAGAAAACAAGAUGCCGAAGGUCAAGGAAAACAAGACGCCGAGGACAAAGAAAAACAAGAAGUCGAGGACAAAGGAAAACAAGGUGCCGAGGACAAAGGAAAACAAGGCGCCGAGGACAAAGGAAAACAAGGUGCCGAGGACAAAGGAAAACAAAGCACUGAGGACAAAGGAAAACAAGGCGCCGAGGACAAAGAAAAACAAGGUGCCGAGGACAAAGGAAAACAAGGCGCCGAGGACAAAGGAAAACAAGGCGCCGAGGACAAAGGAAAACAAGGCGCCGAGGACAAAGGAAAACAAGGCGCCGAGGACAAAGGAAAACAAGGCGCCGAGGACAAAGGAAAACAAGGCGCCGAGGACAAAGGAAAACAAAGCACUGAGGACAAAGGAAAACAAGGCGCCGAGGACAAAGGAAAACAAGGCGCCGAGGACAAAGGAAAACAAGGCGCCGAGGACAAAGGAAAACAAGGCGCCGAGGACAAAGGAAAACAAGGCGCCGAGGAUAAUGGAAAACAAGGUGCCGAGGACAAAGGAAAACAAGGUGCCGAGGACAAAGGAAAACAAGGCGCCGAGGACAAAGGAAAACAAGGCGCCUAGGACAAAGGAA